GGGCCAGGCUGGGUGCUGGUUGCAAUAGAUCCCCGUUCCCCCUGGCUGGGGCAGAGGGAGGGCACGGCACCCCGCGCCGUGGCACCCUGCUGCCCGUUGGGCAGAGUGGGAGGUGGUGCAGAGCUCCCCCAGUGCCCGGAGCCGUGUUGGGGGGGGGGGGGGCAGAGGCACGAGCUGCCGUCCCUGCCGUCCCUCUCGCAACGCCUGGGCGUUAUCUCUGCGCUCGCUCGCUCCUCUCCCUUCCUGCUGCCUCCCAGCGCCCGCCCCCGCGCCGGCUGCCCCGGGAAGGAAGGGGAGGCAGGGCUGCUUGCUGCGUGCCCCCCCCCCCGCCACUGUCCCAGCUGCCCAGAUUCACUCCCGUGGCCGCCACAGAGCCGAUCGCCGGCUCCUGCGCCUGGGCGGCCGCUCCCGGGACACAGGGAGGCUGGUGCGGUUCAGGGCAGCACCCCGGGGCAGCGGAGGGGGCCAGGGGCUCGUGCCACUGGUGCCUGGCAGGAUUUGGCCUCAUCCAUGGAGGAACGUGCCCGUUCUCCGGCCCCAUUCCUGGCAUGUGGCCAAGCUCUCCGAGCUCCGUCCCGACGCCACUGCCAUGCACUGCCCCACUGACACCUUCAGCCUCUCCUGGCCCUCGGGAUGUGAUGUCAGAGAGCUGUCGCUGCAGUGGAACCUGCUGUCCCGGCACUGCAGCACGGACAAGAGCAGCUCCAUUGGGAGCAUGGAGAGCCUGGACCAACCCAGCCAGGCCUACUACGAAGGGAACCCCUCGCCCGUUGACCAGGGCCUGUACCACAACAAGCGGGACUCGGCCUACAGCUCCUUCUCCGCCAGCUCCAACACCUCCGACUGCGCCCUCUCCCUCCGUCCCGAGGAGACGUCUUCCACCGACUCUAUCCUCCAGGGCCUGGCCCCCUGCAAGCACCCGGACGGGCGCUACCUCCAGACGGGUGCCGACGGUGCGGAGUCACCCAGCCGUGCCAACCGGCAUCCCGAGCAGUGCCCACGUGACAGCAGCCCGGCUGGAUCCUGGCGAGUGCCAGCGCCUCCCCAGCCGCCGGUGAGGAGAGACAGCCUCCGAGCGUCCCCGGCCGGUGGUGUGGAGCGGCGCAGGGCGUCCAUGCCGGCUGACUCCCUGCAGAACAAGUGCAGGUGGAUCUCCGACACCUUCCUGUGCCAGCGUGACAAGGACCUGGAAGGCUCCUGUGGGCACAUGCCAGGGGUGUAUCCUGGGCAUGCGAAGGACCGUCUCUCCUCUGAGCAGUAUUACAUGCUGAGCUCCCAGCCGGAGCACUGCCCAGCCAACACGGAGCAGCUCCUGGUGGAGAGUGUGGAGCAUGUGCAUGGGGACCGGCCAUACGAGGAUGGUGGCGGGCCCCCAAUGCCGGACGCCAGGCCAGACGUGGCAGGUGACGGCCAGUCACUGGCUCCCCUCGGCUGCCACGCGCCGCACCGGCACAGCGCCCCGGAGCAGCUGCUGGCCUCCCAGCUGCGUUGCCUGCAGGUGGGGGCGGGCAGCAGCGGGCGAGCCUCACCAGCCUCGCCAGCCCAUGAUGGGCACCGCUGGACGCUGUCCCCGCUGCACGCCGAGCACCGGCUGGAGGGCAACCGUGCACCAGGCGCUGGGGACACGGGGGCCGCCGAGACGCCCGGGGGCUGUGUCGCUGACACCCCACGCUGCCAAGAGACAUACCGUCGCCUGCCACCCUACCGCUGCUGCCCGGAGCUGCCGCGAGCCUGCGGGCACAGCGACGAGCCAGCCAGCGGCGGCCUGACGCCCGCUCACAGCGUGGAGACGCUGGCGGAGGAGGAGGGCAAGGAGGGCCGGGCGGGGGGCCGGCGAGCGGGCGCCCCUCACCACCGCUCGGCUCAGAUGCGGCGCCGCAGCGACCGCUUCGCCACCAACCUGCGCAACGAGAUCCAGCGGCGCAAAGCCCAGCUGCAGAAGAGCAGGGGCUCCGCGGCGCUGCUGCGUGGCGAGGAGCGUGUGGAGGAGGCUGAUGAGGUGGCGGAGCCCGGCUGCGCGGAGGGGCCACGGGCCCGAGCGGAGCGCCUGAGCCCCAUGCCGAGUGAGGACGGCCGGCGUCCCGCCUGCGCGGGCAGCCGUGAUGCCGCUGGCCCCGAGCUGGCGCCCGUCCCCAAAGGGCUGCCGUCCCCCGAGCGCGAGGGGCAGCGGUCGGCGCCGGUGGGCAGGGGACGCUGGCGUUGGUCCCCUGAGCGCAAGCUGCAGCCGCAGCGGUCCCCGAGCCCUGGUGAGCCAGAGGGCUACGGCAAGGGGCAGGAGGUGCCGGGGUCGCCGCUGCGGGCCGACGAUGAGGCUGUCCUGCUGCCCUUCGCUGACCGGCGCAGGUUCUUCGAAGAGAGCAGCAGGCCCUUGCCUGCCCGGCGUGCCCAGCCCAGCACCUACCGGGCCAAGGCGGGCGAGUCCAAUGCCUUCCAGCCUGUGGGCGCCGAACACCGUGACUCCCGGCGCCUGUCCCUCGACCAGCCGUACGGGCCGCCCUCACCUGCUCGGCCCGGCUCCACUGGCCUGUACGCCGAGUGCUGCCGGGAGCAGCCCGCCUACUACGAGCCGCUGGCGCGGCACAGGGAGUUCGAGUACCUGCGGGCCAUCCCGUAUGCCUAUGGGGGCCCGGGCCCCGUGCGCCGCGAGCCCUGCCACUACUGCUCCGGUGACAUGUGUCCCUCGCUGCUGCCCCACGGCUACCGCUGCCCGCCGCCGCCUUCCUGGACGCGCUGCUCCGACUGCUACUGCCCGUCCUCCCACGCUGCGCGGGAGGAGAGCGAUGCCUGGCCGCCCCGGAAAGCCUUCGCUCCGGAAUUUCCUCUGGACGAGUGGGAGCCGCCGGCAAUAAACAGGAAAACCAGUCAGUCCGUGAGCGAGCUCUCCCGCUACAGACUGGGCUUCCCGAGGUUCGGCCCCUUCCGCCCCUGCUUCGAGACCGCUGAGCAGGAGUGGCCGCCGUGCUACCGGGCCACGUCCACGCACGACCUCUCGUGGGAUGGCGAGCGGCCGGCCCACUCCCCUGAGAGCCCCCCAGAGCCCCCGCAGCGCCCGCUGCGGGGCAGAGCCUUCUCCGAGAGCCAUCUCAACCUGCAGCCUCCCAGCCCCCGGGGCCGGGACAGGAGGGACCUGCCCUGUGCCAAGCUGGAGCAGCCCAAAAAGAAGGGCCCGCCGCCCCCCCGGCCUCCGCCCCCCAACUGGGAGAAGUACAGGCCGCGGCGGCCUUCGCACCAGCAGCUCUGCCCGCCAGGCGGCCCAGGGCCUGGUGGGGCCGCGGCGCUGGAGCAGCCGCGGGCGCUAUCCCGUGGCGCGGCCGAGGUGGCGCGGGAGCGCUCGCGGAGCCUCCCGCUGGAGCAGGUGGGCAGGCCCCGUGGGCACGGCACCGAGCCGGCGGAGCGCCCCGGCGCCCACCUCCACGGCCCCAGCUCGCUCCGGAGGACGCCGGAGCCCGAUGCCGGCGCUGAUGACUUCUGCAGGUUGGACGAGGCUGGCGAGGAGCGGGCGAAGGCCGGAGCCUGCUGGGAGAAGGAGGAGCAGCCCCAGUGGCUCGGCCGGAGCUGGGACCGGGCCUGGGCCGGCCCCUGUGGCACAGCCCCCGAGGAGCCGGAGGCAAGCCCGGAGAUGCCGGAGGGAGCAGGCCGCCGGCCCCAGCCCCGCCGUGUCGACUCGGAGGAGCUGAUGUGGGAUGUGGCAGGCCGGGACCGCUCCCUCGCCGGCAUCCUCGUGCCGCCAGCCGCCCUCGUCACCGCCGCCGAGCUCAUGGGCGAGCUGUUGGCCGUGGGCGACCGCCGAGCCUGGAAGGAGCGUUUCCAGCCGGAGUGGCGCCCGGAGGCCACAGCGCAGGAGAGGCUGGAGGCAGAACCCACCUCGCCACCCUCCGGGGGUCCCGCCAGCCCCACAUCCUACUCUGCCUAUUACAACACUUCGGCGGGCAAAGCUGAGCUGCUCAACAAGAUGAAGGACCUGCCGGAGGUGGCGGAGGGGAGCUCGGAGGAUGAUGAGGUCGAUCACGAGCUGGUGGAGAAGAAGAUGCAGCUGAUCGAGAGCCUGAGCCGGAAGCUAUCGGUGCUGCAGGAGGCGCAGCGGGGGCUGCAGGAGGACAUCAGCGCCAAUGGGGCGCUGGGGGAGGACUUGGCAGCCCGCCUGCAGGCCCUCUGCACGCCCGGCGAGUUUGACAAGUACCGCCUCUUCGUGGGCGACCUGGAUAAGGUGGUGAACCUGCUGCUCUCACUCUCGGGGCGCCUGGCCCGUGUGGAGAACGCGCUCAACAGCCUGGGGCCACACGCCUCCGCCGAGGACAAGCUGGCCCUGCGGGAGAAGAAGCGGCAGCUGGCAGCGCAGCUGGAGGAUGCCAAGGAGCUGAAGGAGCACGUGGGGCGGCGGGAGAAAGCGGUGGGUGCCAUGGUGGCGCGGUACCUGCGCGACGAGCACCUCCAGGACUACCAGCACUUUGUCAAGAUGAAGUCGGCCCUCAUCACUGAGCAGAGGGAGCUGGAGGAGAAGAUCAAACUGGGCCAGGAGCAGCUCCGCUGCCUCCGGGAGAGUCUAGGCCAGGCCCCCAUGGGCUGUUAGCCCCAUGCCCAGGCCAGCUGGCCUCCCCUCGCCUGGGCAGCGCAGGCUCGGCUCUGCCUGCAGCUACACUCCGAGCUCGCCAGUGCCUUGUAGUUGCAAGGGGCCCCUGCAGACCAUGGGUGCCUCUUUGCCCCCCCACCCCAGAACGGGGGUUGUGGCUGGCUGUGGCCAGCCCCAGCAGAGCGAGAGUCUUCCUGGGGCCAAGGCGGCAGACAGGUGCUUGCAGUGCGCUGCCCCUGCUGCCUGCUGUCUUCCCAGCGGCACGGAGAGCCGCCACUACCAAAGCAGAUCCGGCCCCUUGCUGGCUCGUGUUUGUCUGUCUGUCCAUCCCCUGCAGAUUAUUUAUUUUUUUACUUUACCAAGCAGGGGAGGAGGCACCAGAACUUAAUGCCAGCUGUGGGCACCGGCAGUGGAGGGGACUUGGUGCUACAGAGCAGUCCUGGGUAAGGAGCCCAGAUGGUGGAGGGGUGGACCCUUCACCCUAGUUUGCCUCUGCCCACUCCGGCUGCAUCCCCCUCCUUUUCCUGGAAAUCAGUGCCUGUCUCACGGCUGCUGCUGCACCACGUGCCUUAAAAGCCAGAGAUGCCACAGGGCCUCGCCAAGCAGUGCCUGCAAGGGUUAAACUCUCCUCUCUGUCUGGUCAGUCUGAUGAGCUCCAGCUCUGUCCAUCUGGCCAGCCAGAGCUGGAGGAAUGUGCUGGGGAGCUGCCCCAGCCCCUCGGCCCCCAGCAUCCUCUUCCUCUCCAUUGUGUCUGAAACAAUAGCUCUGGCCAGUGGGCACUUAACCCACUCCCUGCCAGCCCCACAGCAGGCAAGCCCUGCACGUGGGGCGAAGCAGGAUUGGCACAGCUGAGACCUUGUGGCCAUAGCAGCCCCCGUCCCCUGUGGAGAGGACACGGGGAUGGGUGCUGUGCCAUGGCGUGGGACUGCAGGUACCACUGUCAUGAGUGAUGUUGGCAUGGGGCCUCCCCAGCCGUGGCCCGACAGCAAAAAACUCCUGCAGAGACCAAAGAGGGCUCAUGCCCUCCACCCCUCAGUGCCCCUUCCUGCCCUGGCAUCCAAAAAUAGCACUUAAACCUCACCCUGGGUCCUCACUUCUGCCCUGCAGAAACAGCACCUGUUUGGGGGGGGGCUUCUGGCACCACUGGGGCUGCUGCAGCCAGAUGUGGCAGCCCCACCAGCACCGGCAGUGCCAGACGUCUGCUCCGCAAAUUAUGUGGCCCCACAGCUGGGUGCUGGACCUGGUGGCAGCAUGGAUGUGGGCUCCAUGGCUCUGAGGGGUCAUUCCUUGGACUGCCUCUUCCAUGCCAGCUGAACCCUCUGCAAACCUUCACCAGGCUGGCCGCACAACUUGGGUGCCCACACAUCCUCAUAGCUCUGCUGGCAGAGGGUGCUGAGCCCCCCGGCUCCCCUCCGGCCCGUUGGACACCACUCCCUGAUGCCUACACAGCUCUGGCCCUCAUGCGCUCCCUGCCAGGGGCUGCUUCCCCCUCCAUGUCUGUCAUCUCAGCUGCCACCCGUGUCCACGUGGGACCAUUGCUAGGACCAAAGAGUGGCUGGACCUCCCUGAGGAGCAGCCAGUGGGAUUCGGGGCGCGCAGGAGGGACACGAUAUGCUGCUCUCAGGUGUGUGCUGUGUUGCUGGUGGUUGACCUGCAGUCACUGAGCAGCACAGGCGUCUGCUGGGAAGAAGCGUGCCGGUGCCAGUGCUGGUGCCAGCACUGCUUGCUGUCCUCUGACCAAGUGCUGCUGUGCUGCUCACACACUAAAGGAGCAGCGGUUGCUGCGCAGCCAA